ACCGCGCAUGCGCCAUAUGUCUCCUUCAUUGUGCCCUGUCCCCUCUUAUGCUAAGCUAACGUAGCUGUCAAUCCACUCAGCAGCAUCACGACCAGGGACACUCCAGGCUCCGCAGGCUCCCCCUCCAGACACCUUAGCACCGCACAAUGGCUGUCCCUCCGUCAUACUCAGACCUGGGCAAGGCUGCCAAGGAUAUAUUCAGCAAGGGCUACGGCUUUGGAGUUGUGAAGCUGGACCUAAAGACCAAAUCACAAAGUGGAGUGGAGUUCAACACAUCGGGCUCCAGUAACACAGACACAGGGAAGGCUGCAGGGAGCCUGGAGACCAAAUACAAGAUGAAGGAGCUGGGCCUGAGCUUCAACCAGAAGUGGAACACAGAUAACACGCUGGCCACCGAGGUCACCGUGGAGGACCAGCUGACUCAAGGACUGAAGGUUGCCUUGGACACGUCUUUUGUACCAAACACAGGUAAGAAGAGUGGAAAGCUGAAGACAGGCUACAAGCGCGACUACGUGAACCUGGGCUGCGACGUCGACUUCGAGGGUCCCAUCAUCCACGCUAACGCCGUGUUGGGCUACGAGGGCUGGCUGGCUGGCUACCAGAUGGCCUUCGACACGGCCAAGUCCAAACUGGCCCAGAACAACUUUGCCCUCGGAUACAGGGCCGGGGACUUCCAGCUGCACACCAAUGUUAACGACGGCACCGAGUUCGGCGGAUCCAUCUACCAGAAGGUGAACGACGAGCUGGAGACGGCGGUCACUCUGGCCUGGACCGCCGGCAGCAACAACACUCGCUUUGGCAUCGCCGCCAAAUACAAGCUGGAUAAAGACGCCUCUGUGUCUGCUAAAGUGAACAAUGCCAGUCUGAUCGGAGUCGGCUACACCCAGAGCCUUCGGCCAGGUGUGAAGGUGACCCUCUCAGCCCUGAUCGACGGGAAGAACUUCAACGCCGGCGGACACAAAGUCGGGAUGGGCUUCGAGCUGGAGGCAUAAAGAGGAGAACAAAGAAAAACACAAAGCCACACACUCCUCUGCCCCCCCCCCCCACACACACACACACAGUCCACCACCAUCAUGUAGCUUCUCUCUGGACUCUCCCUCACACUCCCCCCCCCCCGUUCACACAAUUCAUGAGCAUUUCUGACAGUAAUAGUCGAGCCUCGGCAUCAUGCUUAAACACCCCUGAGAGGAGUUGUGAGGUUGUCAAUCGUGAAAGUGACGGCGCAUAGUUGUGGAUUAUUAGCGUUUUUAUGGUCAUUGAAGUGACACUAUUUAUUUCCCUGUAGGUUCUGGAUGACGUAGUUGUAAAUGUAAAUGUGUAGCUCCUGUAUUCAGUUGUUUCCUGCCUUCCUUAAAGCAUGUAAGAAUGAACACGUGGAUGCAGAGCUGAAAGCGUCUUCGCUAGGUUUAAAAAAAGAAAAAGGUGCCGAGUGUCUGUUUGCUCUUUUGUUUGUUUUUUUUAUUGGUUUGAGCUCUUUUGGCCGUGUUGUUGGAAUCUGUGGAUGAUUUAAUCUAUAUAAAUGUUUUGAUACAACACGUCAUGAACAUGUGACUGGUUUAAGUUGAGAAGUAAAGACUGAAUGAAGGAUGUUUAAAACUGCUUUACAGGAACAAUGAAAGUCAACGGGAGACCAUUUCAGCCACACUCAUGAAAGGAAAAAGAUUGUGUAAAUCAUUAUGCAGAAACUCUCUCGAAAUAAUCAAUCCCAGUUCACUCUUUGCCCCAAACACUUUGUUCUUAGCGCUCUGUUUCCUGCGUUCACGGACGUCUAGUGGUAGAGUGUCUCAGGAUGGAUACAUGGCCUUCCAAACGGAGGUAUUCUAGAGGCACGCUUCACUUUCACUUUCACGAAAUCGUCAGUAAGAUUGCUGCACAAGCAACAAAAGAAACCCACAAACAUAUUUUCUUCUUAAAUAAAGAUUUAAAAAUUACAUUAACCGUCAUUGUUUCAAUAUAUUGUGGUCCUUGUCUUUAUAACAAGCAUAACAACAAAAAACGCAAGUGGCAUGCUGAUGUCUCGGUCGCUAACUAGCUAGCUAGCUAAUUGUUAUUGCUGACUUGUGCAUGACAGUCCGGCAUUUUCAAUGUCUAUGUUGAGUUACCUCCAGCUGUCAGAGGCAAAGUUGCUGCACUUGUUGCUUUGCUAAUGCCGGUGCACACUGGCAAGGUACGUAGACACACGGGUUGCUAACGUUGGCCUACAGAACACCACUAGUCAGUCCCUUCAGGAUUUCACGGGCUGUUUUUUGUGAUUGUUGCGGCUUGAAAUUGCUGAUUACACGGCAGCUGUUCUAGUAAGUUGCGAUGCAUGUUGCAAUAUUUUUAAGCUUUUUUAAAAAAAAAAAAAAAAAUUGCAGAAACAAACAAAAAUUGCAAAAAUAGAUGCAAUGCUAUCUCAGAUUUGGUGCCUAUUAUUACGAGCAUUAAGUGUUUCCCAUAGAAUUAGAAUCUUUUUGUGACGGUAGGCUGAUCGAUCGCCGACGAACAGCUGUUGCUGCCAUUCCGCUCAGCGCCAAAGGACCGUCUUGAUGAGCUGCUGUCCUCCUGCUCUCCCUGCCCGGUUAGCACGAGCUAACACAGCAGCGGCAGCUAACAUCCGACACCGAGCUGUUUAACAGUCCAGGGUUCCCACGGUCAUGGAAAACCUGGAAAAGUCAUGGAAUUUUUACAGUCAUAUUUUCCAGGCCUGGGAAAGUCAUGGAAUUAGAAAAAAAUCAUUGAAAAAGUUGCGUGUGAUCAAACAAACAGUCUCAGUGUGCAAAGGCCUUAAGACUUGUGAACCAAUCAUCCAUUUUCUGUCUCCAUCAGAUAAAUGGCAACUAUAACUGUGAUAAUACCAUUAUUGCUCCACGUGAACACCAUCGAUACUGAAGACACGUCAGGGUGUUGAAAGGUUGCUUCAUCUCAUAGACGAAGAUUUCCACCACUUCCUCUUGUCACUCUGUUCCAACGGGCAGUGUGACUGGAGAACGAGGGUUAGGGGUAAAAAUAAAAAAUGGGAUUGAGCCAAUGAUGAGAAACUUUCUCGAAAUUUGCGCAGGCCUAUGUGUUGUCUAGAAUUUUGUCUUGGUAGGUCAAAAUAUUGAGAAAGUUUCUCAUUAUUUUAAGAAAGUUUUUUUUCUUCACAUUGGCAGAAAUGGUCUCCCGUACCAGAUGCUCUGAUAUGAUCUUUUAUUCCUUUGUGACCUCUGGUAGGUGAACUCAAUGUAGUGGAAUCUUCUGGUAGCUUGUGUAGUUAGUUUGCAUUUCUACAAUAUUGUUUUCAUCUAUCCGUCACGGUCACAAAGAAAGAGAACACUUUGCAUCUGCUCGUAGCGUCUCGUAGGUAUCUUGGCUGCUCAGCCGCACCAGGGCGUCUCAACUGGACGGCCAGCUGUUUCCUCAUGUUGCUCGGGGACUGCGCUCAUUGCUGUCAGUGCUCUUGUCUGGAAAACAACGUACACUCCUCAGAUCUGUACAGAAAGUACACUCGAUUGUCCUCUGAGUGACUCCAGUUAAAACACUUCUUUUUUUUUUUUGGUAAACAUGCAUCCAAAUGUUUUUGUUUCUCCAUCUAAUUGUGUCGUCAUGAUUAUAAGGCUCAUUUUUCUUUGUCACUUAGACACAGUACCUCAUUUUUUUCCAAUGUCAAUGAAGGGAAAUACAAUAAUAAAAAAAAAAUUAAAAACAA